GCGCAACCCUAUCAUGCGCUUCCGAAAGAGGAAUCACGCACUUUCAACUUAACCGCCAGUCGCUCCACUCUAUCCCAUCCACCAUUUAAACCAACCACCACCCUCUUCGCGUUGUUAGAGCGAUUCCCCGAAGAGCGCCAGGAACUCGCAACAAUGCUUAUCCCUAAGGACGACCGCAAGAAGAUCCACGAGUACCUCUUCCGCGAGGGUGUGCUCGUGGCCAAGAAGGACUUCGAGUCCAAGCAUGGCGACAUUGACACCAAGAACCUCUACGUGAUCAAGGCCCUCCAGUCCCUCGACUCCCGCGGCUAUGUCAAGACCCGGUUCUCGUGGCAGUACUACUACUACACCCUCACCCCCGAGGGUCUUGACUACCUACGUGAGUGGCUCCACCUCCCCGCUGAGGUUGUCCCUGCCACCCACAUCAAGCAGCAGCGUUCCCACGCUCCCCCUCGUGGUAUGAUGGGUGGUGAGGAGCGUGAGCGCCGUCCCCGUCCUACCCGUGAGGGUGGCUACCGCCGCCGCGACCAGGAGAAGGAGGGUGGUGCUCCCAGCGAGUUCGCCCCUAACUUCCGUGGUGGAUUCGGCCGUGGCCGUGGUGGUGCUCCCUCUUCUUAG